CGAGAAGAUCUUGUCCGAGGUAAGGGCAAAGGCUUGGUUAUCCUUCUUCAUGGUGUACCAGGCGUUGGUAAGACCAGUACAGCGGAGUGCGUCGCAGAAUACACCGGACGACCAUUAUACGCACUGACGUGUGGUGAUAUCGGGAAAACGCCCAGAGAAGUACAGGACAGUCUCUCUGAAGCCUUCAGCCUUGCAUACCGUUGGAAUUGCGUCAUGCUCCUCGACGAAGCUGAUGUAUUCCUUGCUGCACGUGAUGGCACCGAUUUGAAGCGCAACGCGGUAGUCUCGGUGUUCUUGAGAUCACUCGAAUACUACAGUGGAAUUCUGUUCUUAACGACGAACAAAGUGGGUUUCUUCGAUGAAGCCUUCAAGAGUCGCAUUCACAUGAUGCUGUAUUACAAAGAACUUAACAAGCUGCAGACCGAAGAAAUCUGGAAAGUCAACCUCAAUCGUCUCCGAGAGAACAAACCAACGCUCAAUUUCGAUGUGAACGUUUUGCUCAAGUGGGUACGAAAAGCCUACCGCGCGAUGGAGAAGGAUGACAACCGACGCCCAUGGAACGGAAGACAGAUUCACAACGCUGUGCGGACAGCGGCAGCGCUGGCGGCUUUCCAGAAAAAGAACACAUUGACGGUGGAGCACUUGAAGCAAGUCGAGAAGGCCAGCGAAGAGUUCGACAAGUAUCUCUUCGACACACACGGCACGGACGAU